UAUAUUUUUGGGGAGUUCAGCCCUGAUGAAUUUAAUCAGUUCUUUGUGACUCCACGAUGCUCUGUUGAGCUCCCCCCAUACAAUGAAACAGUUUCAUGUGGUAUUAAGUCCACAGGGGAAGAGUAUCAGAGAAUUGAGUUUGGUGUUAAUGAAGUUAUCGAGACGCAGACGUCUGUACUAAAUAACACCGACUACAGUAUUUCAAGUACUCUGAAUCCUCAGGCUCCAGAAUUCAUUCUCAGUUGUGCACCCGCUCAGAAAACCCCUGAUGAUACUCUCAGUGAAACAAACUACAACUCCAUUGACUGCCAGUUCAGUGAUCCAACCCUCGCUUUGGACAGCGGUUCUAACGCUGAAAACGAUGGCUUGGCUGGAGGCCUUGGACAAAGGGAGCGCAAAAAGAAGAAAAAAAGACCCCCUGGAUACUACAGUUACUUGGAAGAUGUCAGUGAUGGCAUCGCUCCCCCAGAAGCUCUUGUAAAUGGCCACGCAAAUUCCUCGGGACUAAACAGUAUAAGCACGGAGGAUACGGAACUGACAGGAGACAUGCCCUCCCUGGCCACACCAAGGACUUGCAACAGCCCGGACAACUCUGUGGACUUCAUUAAUGAAGCUGUCUCUGAUGAUUCUGUUUCUAGCGCACUAGACAAUGCCAGGACUGCAGGGCAGCCUGAGGUAUGCCGUGUUACUAAUUCUGAACAGUUUUGCAUCCCCUCAGAGACCGGCAGAGAUAGCCCUUUAAGGACAGCUGUUGUACAGUCUUAUGCUGGUACUGAUACUACUGAAAAUCUGGGCGUUACUAAUGGACAAACACUUGAAUCCUCUGGUGAGGACACAGCUGCCAAUGGGGUAGAAUCGCACACUGUGGAAAGCACUGACUCAGACCAAGCUAAGCCUGAGGAAGCUUCACCUACUACUGAGGCAACAGUCCCGGUUGCAGGAUCAGUCCCUGUUAAUCAGCCUGCAAAAUCGUGGGCUAGUCUUUUUCACAAUUCCAAGCCCUCUGCUUCCACAUCUGUGGUCUAUGUUGAGACUAAGUAUACCCCUCCUGCCACAUCUACUCUGGUCCCUGAAAAACAGGUUGAAGUCAAAGAGGGACCUGUUCCAGUUUCAGAGGAUCCUGUAGCCAUAAAGAUUGCAGGUAUAGUUAAUGCACACGAGUGGAUGUUACACUGGAAGGGUAUUAACUCCGCUUGUAAACAGGAACAUGCAGUAUCGAUAGAGAAGAUUCCUAUGUUAAUGUUCUUAAUAAGAUGA